AUGGAAAAGUUGAAGGCAGCUCAAAGUGAUAAAUGGCGUUCGAGACGCAAAAUACUGACACCAUCUUUCCAUUUCAAAGUUCUCAACGAUUUUAUCGGUGUUUUUGACCAGCAGGCAAAGAAAUUUAUCGAUCAAUUGGAGAAUGCAGCUGCCAGCAAGAAGCAUUUCGAUAUCUUUCCAUAUGUCAAACGAUGCGCUUUGGAUAUCAUUUGUGAAACGGCAAUGGGAUGUCAUGUGUCCGCUCAGGAAAACCAUAAUCAUCCUUAUGUGUUUUCUGUACAACGGAUGAGUGAACUAGCAUUUCUUCAUGAAAGAAUGCCUUGGAUGUGGAUCCCCGCAAUAUGGUGA